AUGUUCGCAGGAGCAGCCUUUGUGGACAUGAAAUUACUCACGACUGUGGGUUAUCUGUCGCGUAUUGAUGCGCAGCGUCAGCUUUUCCAGAAGGUUGAGCUUCUCUACGAGUACGACUGUGAGCCAGAUGGACUUGUGGUUACUCAGGCCCUCCUGCUCCUAACCUUCCACUACGAAAGUCCGGACGAUCCCCAGGAUACCUGGCAAUGGGUGGGCCUCAUGGCCUCCAAGGCCCUCGGUCUAAACUUGCACGUCCCGCCUGACGAAGGGAAGAUGCCUGAAAGGCGGAUGAUCUACUACACUGCUCUAUCGACCUUGCACCGGCCUCGGGCGCUGGGUGGUACGCGUUUGGGACCUUUUUCAUCUACCGGCGCUUCCGCAAAUGCGGCGGAGUCGAGGGCAAUUAUCCGUACAGCGGCAACGGCAAUUUCGAGCUUCGCAACGGAGUUAGAUAACAGGGAUCUGGUCAAGUAUCUACCCUUGACAGGAAUUACCGUGCUUCUUCCCGCCCUCGCUACCCACCUGCUCGACCUCAAGUGCCCGGAAGUUACCAUCCGAGACAAGGCGACGCAAGGAUUUUCGCAGUGCAUUCGAGUCCUCAACCAACUAAGGUCUACCUAUAUUGCCGCAGAUUGCAGCGCAAUAUUCGUCGAACAUGCGGUUCGUGCCACGAGUGCUAGGAUCGCAUCUCCGACGGAGAGCGUGGAUUCGGCCCUUGUCGAUGAUUGCCUAGACGUCUUCGAAGCUGGCCACUUGUUGGACGAUUUGGCUAGCAUGACAGAUUGGCAACGAGAUCCAGAUCAACAAACAAAUGGGUCUAGUUCGCCACCAGAAUCCUGGAGCAAGUAUUCCCCCUUCUUCAGGAGUACCUCCACGACGCCCGACGACUUCUUUCCGAACCCGCCCAACGGAGGACGAAGAAAGCGCUCCAGCCCGACGAGCUCCCUCGCUGAGACAGUUCUUCAUUUAGCUCCCGCCAAAAAGAGGGACAGAAACCUUCGCUCUUUCCGCGCUCCUGGACUCCGCCUAUCCUGCCGAAACUGCGAGAACACUGUCCACUGGGCGUCUGAUGACCAUUGCGAAGAGCACUUGGCCCUGGAAGAGCAACAACGCGCCCAAUAUGCCGCCCGGAAGAUAAUUAGAGACGCCCUCCACUUUCUCCUCCUUCUUUUCCUUGCCCCCGGUGCGUGGGCCGCCAAGGAAGACCUGUCUUGGGAGACUAUCGGCCACACCACCCCAACAAUCGUCGUCGCCGCCCUUGCUACUUCGACCCUCUUCUAUGCCCAAAACCUUAAGAAGCUGUGCGGCUGGGCCCAAGGGAAACCCCCGACAGACCUGCCUAAGCUUCCCCGAGAUACCCGGGACCUACUUGCGAACGUUCGAAAUGUCCUGAUGAGUGCCGAACUUCCCCCGGAACGGAGAGUUAAGAAAGACGAGACCUUCGCCGAAUACGCCAAAAGAACCCUGGAUGGCGACCUCAUCGUUGUAGACAGGGCCAGAAGAAAUGAACGACGCAUGGGAAUUGUAACUAUGGUCAGUCUCGCCAAGGCGUUUGGGGACCUUAUAGAAGCAGGAGCCGACCUUUCCGACAAAUACGAUGAACUGGAACAAGAGAAGAAUUACAAAAACCUAGCGGCUACACCUUCGAGGAAAUCGACGACCGAUGCACACGCUGGGUUACUCGCACCGAUAAGGCGGCCAAUUCGAGUGACGAUGCGCCACCGAACGCCGCAGAAUUGGCCGAGACUCUCUUAA